AUGACGACGAUGGUGAUGUUUCCAUGCAAGGGUGAUGAUGACGAUAGUAGAAGCGGAGUUGCCGUGAAGGUGGAGCCUCCAAAAGGACGUGAGAAAGAUCCUGAGUUUUCGGCACCGAAAGGACAGAAGCUCGUUGAUCUCGACGAUGAGUCUCAUCACAGUGCCGGCAAGGAGAGCGAAGGAAACGUCAUUGAGCAGACACACUAUAUUGUCGUGCCUUCUUACGCAGCAUGGUUUGAUUACAAUGCUGUUCAUCAAAUCGAGAAACGAGCUGUGCCUGAGUUCUUCAAUGGUCGCAACAAAAGCAAAACACCUGAAGUGUAUCUCUCAUAUCGCAACUUUAUGGUCGAUACUUAUCGACUCAAUCCUUUUGAAUAUCUGUCAGCUACGGCAUGUCGAAGAAAUCUUGCCGGUGACGUCUGUUCUAUUGUUAGAGUGCAUUCGUUUUUGGAGCAGUGGGGCUUGAUAAAUUAUCAAGUUGACUCUGAUGCUCGUCCAGCUCCUAUUGCUCCUCCAGCUACAAGCCAUUUUAUGGUAUUGGCUGACACACCAACAGGCGUCCAACCGAUUUGCCCUGUCGUCUCGAGUGUUGUGACGGAGAAGAAAGAAGCUGAAGAUAGUGAGAAGACACCUGUCGAGAAACUAUCCAAUGUGGGCCUUAAGACGGAUCAGUACCAGAAGCAGCUAGCAGCAAUGAAGACGAAAGGGGCUGCACCUGGGCGUGACUGGACAGACCAGGAGACGCUUCUGCUGCUGGAAGGCUUAGAGAUGUUCAAAGACGACUGGAAUAAGGUUUCUGAUCAUGUGGGUUCACGUACACAGGACGAAUGUAUUCUGCGAUUCCUCCAACUUCCCAUUCAAGAUCCUUAUUUGGGCUCUGACGACGCUCCUGGAAGUGGGGAUUCUAUUUUAGAAAUGUGUCCUGGCAAGUCUGGAAUCGCCACGGAUGAGAAAAAGGAAAAGGAUGGCGAUGAAAAAAUGGAGACUGAUGAAGCCAAGCAAGCUGAUGAAGCAACCGCGGAGCGAAACGCCAAAGCUGCCGUGAGCGAAAGCGUUCAAGCUGCCGCCGGAGCAGCUCCUCGCUGCACAGCGUUAAAGAAAGUUUCUGAUCAUGUGGGUUCACGUACACAGGACGAAUGUAUUCUGCGAUUCCUCCAACUUCCCAUUCAAGAUCCUUAUUUGGGCUCUGACGACGCUCCUGGAAGUGGGGAUUCUAUUUUAGGACCGCUGGCCUACCAACCAUUGCCAUUCUCACAAUCUGGAAACCCUGUGAUGUCCACAGUCGCUUUCCUCGCUUCUGUUGUUGACCCAAAAGUUGCGCAGGCGGCCACUAAGGCAGCUAUAGAAGAGGUGCCUUCUCUGGUCCUGGAAGCGCACGCGAAAAAUGUCCAGGCUCAUGAAGAAAAAACUGGGGUACUCGAUGGAACUGUCGCAACCGCGGAGCGAAACGCCAAAGCUGCCGUGAGCGAAAGCGUUCAAGCUGCCGCCGGAGCAGCUCUCGCUGCAGCAGCCGUAAAAGCAAAGCACCUUGCUACAAUUGAGGAGAGGCGUAUCAAAUCGCUUGUUGCUCAGCUUGUGGAGACGCAAAUGAAGAAAUUGGAAAUGAAACUACGUCACUUUGAUGAGUUGGAGCAAAUAAUGGAUAAAGAACGGGAAGGCUGUACGUUUUUAUCUCUUGAGUACCAGAGACAACAGCUUAUUCUCGAACGACAAGCUUUCCAUAUGGAUCAAUUGAGAUAUUUGGAACAGCGCGCCAAGCAUGAGGCGCACAGCAAAAUGGUUGCUGCCGGCCAGUUACCUCCCUCGUUGCCACCUGGUUUCGAGGUUAGUGGACCACCACAACCUACCCCACAAGUGCAGGUUGCAAUCCCACCGGCGCAGGAAGCCCCCGCCCCUGAGAAAACGGAGCCACCACCUGAAGCCACUGCAGCGGCAGCGGCAGCAGCUCGUACUCCAACGCCCGGUCAACCUCCAGUCGUUCAUCAGCCACCGCCGCAGGCUCCGGCUCCUCCACCAGCACAGCCGCCACCCGCUCAGGCAUAUCCUUCUGCCCCUCCCGCAAGUCAGCAGCCUACGUACCCACCGCCGCAGGUAUAUCCUCCGCAGGGUUAUCCUCAGCAACCUCAGGCACAAAGCGCCUAUCAAGGAUAUCCUCCUCAGCAAGGUCAUCCUGGAUAUCCACCUCAGCAAGGUGGUGCACCUGGUUAUUAUGGUCAACCGCGUCCUGGUGCAUAUCCUCCACAACCGCAACCGGGAGGAUAUCCAGCUCAACAACGUCCACCAUAUCAAGGACAACCACCUGCUGGUUAUGCCGCUCAACCGCCACCACAACGUCCAGGUGGCUAUCCUGGUUAUCCUCCACAGGGACAUCCUGGCUACCCUCCACAGCAGUACGCGCCGCCACCUGCUGGCUAUCCACCACAAGCUGCUCAACCCCCACCGUUGGACAUGACUGAUGCUGCGACUCCACCUAUGCAUCAAGGUCAACCGGGUGAAGUUAAGCAGCCAGAGUGA